AGCAUUUGACUGUGGCUUGGGACGCGGAGAGAGGCACGCAGCGACUGACCGACAGCCGGCGAUGGUCUAAGCGCCCCUCGGCCACCCCCUCCCCCAGACGCGACCGCGUCCUGCCCUCGCCCUCUGGACACACACCCCCACCUGGGCUCCUCCGCCCGUUCGGCGCUCCUCGGAGGAGGCCCGGGGUGUUGCGGCGCUCGCCAGCAUGAGCGGCUCCUUCGAUCGCAAGCUCAGCAGCAUCCUCACCGACAUCUCCAGCUCGCUCAGCUGCCAUGCGGGCUCCAAGGACUCGCCCACCCUGCCCGAAUCUACAGUCACUGACCUGGGCUAUUACAGCGCUCCUCAGCAUGACUACUACUCGGGCCAGCCCUACGGCCAGACGGUGAACCCCUACACCUACCACCACCAGUUCAAUCUCAAUGGGCUCGCAGGCACCGGCGCUUACUCGCCCAAGUCGGAAUAUACCUACGGGGGAUCCUAUAGGCAGUACGGAGCGUACCGGGAGCAGCCUUUGCCUGCCCAGGACCCAGUGUCGGUGAAAGAGGAGCCGGAAGCCGAGGUUCGCAUGGUGAACGGCAAGCCCAAAAAGGUCCGAAAGCCGCGAACGAUCUACUCCAGCUAUCAGCUGGCUGCCCUGCAGCGCCGUUUCCAGAAAGCCCAGUAUCUGGCCUUGCCUGAGCGCGCCGAGCUAGCUGCACAGCUGGGCCUCACACAAACACAGGUGAAAAUCUGGUUCCAGAACCGCCGCUCCAAGUUCAAAAAGCUCUAUAAGAAUGGGGAGGUGCCGCUGGAACACAGCCCCAACAACAGUGACUCCAUGGCCUGCAACUCACCGCCGUCACCAGCACUCUGGGACACAUCUUCCCAUUCCACGCCAGCCCCUGCCCGCAAUCCGCUGCCCCCACCGCUCCCAUACAGUGCCUCCCCCAACUACCUGGACGACCCCACCAACUCCUGGUACCACACACAGAACCUCAGUGGACCCCACUUACAGCAGCAGCCUCCUCAGCCGGCUACCCUGCACCAUGCCUCCCCUGGGCCCCCGCCUAACCCUGGGGCUGUGUACUGAGUACCCACCUGGCCUGCGCCCCUCCACGAAGGACCCCCUCCAGGACCAGGCAGAAGGUGCCCUGUCCUAGCGACACUCAGGAAUCAUUGAGGGGCACAGGGGGAAAGACUCCCUUCCCUCUCCCUUGUCCCUUCUUCCAGGGACCCAACAACCUCCAGAUGACAAAUGCAUGGACCGAGGAUGCCCCCCAAUCUCCCUCCCCUUGCUUAGACUGGGGUGCCCUCCAGACGGCGAGGAGUUCUACCCCAGUGGGGACAGCACAUGCUCUCUGCUCCAGGAACCCGGAUUGCCUCUAGAUGGCUCAUCGCUUUCCAGCUUUUCAAACACAGUAGAGACCUCCAAAAUGGGAGCCAGAGUGUUUGCAGGUCCACCUGUGCUGGGGCACCAGGCGCCACGGAUUCCAGCACAGCCAGACCUAAAGCACCAAGGGGCAACUAUACAUUCUUGAGCCACUCUUUAAAAGACAUUGGACAUUACAUCAUGGCUGAUCCUCAAGAUGGGGGGGGGCUGACCUAGUCCCCACUGUUCUCCAGCCCUCAUUAGGAUUUGAGGGUCCAAACCAAAGAAAACUCCCCCAAAUGAGGGAACCUUUGAUAUCCAGGGCUUCCAAGGGAAGACUUAAAGGAGCCAUCCCUCCGCCCCUUCCCUGGGGAAAAGGAUUGCCCAUGUCCUUUUCCAAGGACCUGUUUCUCCUUCCAUGUACAGGACUUUGCACAAGUCUGGUUUUAAAAGCUGUUGAAACCUAGGACGACAAUGGGCAUUGUUAACAGUUAGGACCAAAUCCACUCCUCUCUGGGCGGGCAGCUCUGCUCUGCCCUGACCCUGCUCACCCCUUCGUUUUGUUUUGUUUUGUUUUUCUCCCAGUAAGUUUGCAGUCUUGGGGGACGGGCUCAAACCCCAACUCUCUACAGAGAUAGACCAGGCAAGACACCCCCCACUCAGACACCCCCUUCGUGGCAGCUUUGGAAACAGGUUGUCCGUUCUGCUGCAGGAUUCAAGUGAGGAUCCAGGAGACAAGAGGAGGCCUAGAACUCAGUGCCUUAGGGGUAAGGCUGUCAGCUUGGACGGCUGGUACCAGUGCCUCUCCCUGGCCCAGGCAUCCCCCAAAGCUAACUUUCUUCUGCCCCCUGAUGUGGUAAAACAUCGAAGAAAGGAGAGGUGACAGACUGUAGUUAUAUAUAUAUAGUAUGGUUUUUUUUUGUUGUUGUUGUUUCUUUUUUUUUUUUUUUUUUAAGAGCAACCAAGAGAAGCAGGUCCCCUCCCUUGUGGUUUCCUAUUUAUGUGACCCUGUUCCUCCUGGACCAAUCUCCCUGUGUUGCAAGUCGAAAGAGGGAUGUGGGCUCCUGCUGGAUUUGGGUUUCGUGGGAAGUGAAGGAGUAAGAAGAGACAGACGUGGUGGGUCUCCGAGUCCCACCCCAAAGGGACAGGACUGAAGCCAGCUCCCACCCCUCCCCAGCCUUCUCAUUUCUGCUUUCUUACUGGACCAGUCUUUAUAUAUAAUGUUAAUAAAAAUUAAAAAAAAAGAAGAAGAAGAAAAUAA